UUUUCUAUUAGGAAUUUAGGAUCAAGGCUGGUGGCUGGUUCUUACAAGGUAGCAAGAUGAGUGACAUUGCUAUUAAAUCAGAAAGCGUCAUUAAACUGGAACCUGAGAUGAUGCGUUUACCGAACGCAUUUGAGUUUUUGAAAGAAGAAAGGGAUGCAGAUGGAGAGGAUUCCGUUCUAGCCAGCUCUUCAGAUGAAACUUCAACAGACACAGGAAGUUAUCUGAAUGUAACUUGCCCUCCUUUGCUUCUGCCCGUCUCUAACGAAGACAGCGGCCACGAAGGUAGUCCAGAUAAUCCUGCAAAGUCGGGAAAAAACACAAGCGGCAUUAGGGUAGAAGAAAGCAUAUCUAAAGGCAAAAAUAUUAUCGAUUUCAUUUUUGUUUAUCUUGAUAAUAUAAACAAUAGGGCUGGGAGAGACUUCUCUUUGAGCAAAGAGAAACCAGACGAGUCGGACGAGGUGUGUAUAAUCGAAGAACGCAUCUGCGAAAGGCACUGGCGGAACGGCAAAGGGCGCGUCGCCGGGACGUGUUGCUCGUGGCAUUUCAAGUGUUCCAUCUGCGGCACAUCCUUCUUGAGGCGUUGCGACUUCCUUCGGCACGUGCAGGAGCACAUGGCGGGGCGGCAGACGGACCGCUGGCAGCUGUAUGUGAAGAGGUCGCGUUUCAACCGUAGCGUGCGACCGUCGCAUGCGACCGAAGCUGCGAGGCAAGAGCCGGCCGAAAGGAUGGCGCCCACGUCGUCAGCAAGGCUUCAGUCGCGCACGAAGGCGGUCGUCGAGAAACGUAAGCGCGGGCGUUGCCCAUCGGUGCACUUGGACGACGAGGGCGACGCAGAAAUAGUGGAGACAGACGGCGGCAUCGCGCCUGAGCAGCCGGUCCCACCGCGACGGAAUGUCGCAGAGGACAAGUUGGGAAACCCACCUGCCGGCCAAGGCGUCGAGAACUUAGGGGAGAGAAAAUUACUGUUGCUCAUCGAGCGACUUCCGUCGGUCUUCCUGAAGAACGCUGGCAUUACAAUACCGCGUUCCGCCGAAAGCGAGAAGACUAGUGACCAUGUAUUGGGCAAGGAGCAACCCCAGUCGCAUGCAGACAAACGUCGUCCGUAUCCUCGUCGUCCCUCGCGAAAACCGCACGCCAAGUGCGGAAGCUUAUGUGGCAAUAUGGACGCCGUUAACGAAGUCCCACCGAAGACGCAACUGCCGGGUACUGGAGGUCGCAACUUGAAAAAACGGCCCUCCACCAAAUGCACGACGAGCAACGUGGAGUCCGGAAAGAAGCAACACCGACCGCGAAAACAGGUGGUAGUGAGAACCCGUAUAUUUCGCAAACCUCUCGCUAGUGGAGGAGCUACGAACAAGGAAGUCGAAAAGAUAGUUUCGAAUCCCCAAUCGAACAAGGACCCACACGCUGACAGCGUUACAAUGCAGAAAGCUCGCCCUUUGGAAUGCGCGACUGCCGUCCCUGAGGCCGAUAAGGAAAUAUCCACGCCGAAUCCCCAGUCGCAGGUACAGGUCGAUGUUAGACGUCUGACCCUGCGCAAAUCGCAGGCAGAAAGAACCGUGUCUAACCGCACGAAGUCCAUGAAGAAUGUUUCGUCCAAAACGACACUCCAGUCGAACAAGCCGCCAGAAGGUCGCUCGACACAAAAAGAACUCGCCGCCAAAGGGCUCUCAAGGAACGUAGAAGCCAGUGAGAAAGUUAUGUCCAAAACCCCAGACCAGUCACAUGCCCACAACACCUCUGGAAAACACACUCUUCCCCAAGCACAUAAGGGCAACAGUGACGCCUCUAUCAGCUCAGGGAUCCAAGAAAACAUAUUGCCAUGUCUCAUUGUCCGAGUCGAACCACAAGCUACCUUAGACUUUGAUAAAUCUGACGCUAAAAGCAAUUUAAAAAGUUCCACGAACAAAGAAGUCUCUAAGACGCAAGCUCAGUCGCCAACGAUUGCUACUGGUCCGGGAAGUACAAUUGUCAAACCCCAAAGCCCCUUUUCCAGCAACGUAGAGACCAGAAAAAGAGGUCAACGUGCUCGCCAAGCAGAAAGCGAUGGGAUUGCAGAGGGCAUAACGGCCAGUGUGGAUAAAGGACCUGCAGCUCCACUCCAGUCGCAGACACAGAAGUUACGUGCGUUUCGCAAACCGCGGUCACUCGGCACCGCUUCCAACCAGGUGGCGGUCGGGCAGGCACCGCUGAACACUCGAUUUCAGUCACGCAGGCGUACUUUGGAAAACCUCCAACUAGAGCAGGUCGUUGCGGAGAAACGCCCACCCCAGAAACACCCAGGUGACUGUUGCUUGUUUACUAACGUGGAACAUCAGGAGGAACCGCUGGCCAAUGGUCUAAUAGAGUCGGAUACUUCGAAGCGUACGUUCCCAGACCAGACGUCGCACGUUGGAGGAAGUGGCGAGGCGAAAGAUGAAGCCUCGAGCAAGAAGCCACUCCAGUUCCGCCCCGAAAGAGUGGGUGUACUCGCCACUCGCAAGAGACGCGCGGGCGGUUCGAAAAAUGGCGAGUUACCCAAACUAGAUGACGCAAAGAAACGCGCGUGUCCGGUGCCGUCAACGAAAUCGGAUGUUAAUUCAAAGAAGGAUGCAGACAAUGAAGUUCCGCCCAAGAUCCAGCGCAAGUCGCGUGCUCGCUCUGCUUCACGGAGCCAAAAAUAUCAGACGUGCUGCAACCCCGCGCCCAGCACCGCAGACUCUCAGGCAAAACCGAUUGGUACGGCGGAUGAGUCGCAUAUGCAACCAGCCGCUACGUCCCAUGUGGUUAGUGCCCGAAAGUCGCAUGCCACCGAUGGGGGAAAAGAGGCCGCCGACCGACUAACGACGCCCAAGACCCGCCUCCAGUCGCACAUGCACGCGGACGUGGCGAACGGCACCUUCCGCUGCUCGUACUGCAAGGCGACGUUCCCCGACGUGGAGUCGCUGCGACCGCACGUGGAAUCGCACCGCUACUGGGAGGAGACCUUCCACUGCGAGUUGUGCCAACGCCGCUUCUCCACCCGCGGGUACCUCGCCAUGCACAUGCACGCCCACCGGCGCGGCAAGCCGUUCGCGUGCGACCUGUGCGACCGCCGCUUCGCCCUGCGCAACUACCUCGCCAUGCACAUGCGCGGCCACGCCCAAGCCGCGGCAGAGAAGCCGUUCGCCUGCAGAGAGUGCGGGGCUCGCUUCGUUCGCGCGCACUGGCUCAACGCGCACCUCCGUGCGCACAAGCGCGGGCGCGCGUCGGCCGUCGCCGCAGGCAACAGGCCCGGGAAGACCCAGUGACGCCGGCGCUAGUGUUUGCACGUUGCGUGCGAUUAUUAUGUGAGAUGGUUCCCUAGGCGACUGUCUCGUGCGAUACUCGCAUGCGACGUGGGUGGGAAAUGAAAAUCUCCGCCGGAGACGACAAUCACAUGAAAGAAGGGCUAAUAUAUAAUAUCGAGUGAUUGCGCAGUGGAAUCAGAUGAAGAGGAGUGUGUAUUUAUAUAUAUUUUCUAUAAUGAGAAAGCUAUUAAAUUAUGUAUAUUUUAACUAAUAAUUAUAAUUUAUCAUGUCUUAAGGUCAUUAUUAAUUUCUUGUUUGUUGUUUUUAUCUUAGUACACUUUUUCUUUUUGACAACCAAAGAAAAAAAUCAUGCUCUAGCUGUUUUUGUGUGUACGUUUUGCGUGUAUUCAAAAAUGUGAAAAUGUGCAUCGUCAAGUCCUGUAUUUUGACUGACUUCAUUAAAAGUAUUCCUAUAUUUUAACUAAUCAUGUAAACUAGUUAUUGGUAGAAACAUGACUUAAUCAUGAUCUGUUUUUUAUUGACUGUAGUAUUCAUGACCAAUUAACUUCAUACAGUUGCUUUAGCAUAGGCAUAAUGUAAGUUUGCGAUUGUGAGGCCAGAAAGUUCUGGAGUUUUGUUUUAUAAUUUCUUAGUAGUUCAAUGAGAAACUCAAUAUAACUUCAUAAAUGUUCGUAAACAUCAAAUGACUUGACAUGUAACAUUUAAAUCUCAGGGUUUUGCAAAUAAAUUUUCUAGUUUUUCAGUAAUAUGAAAUCAGUGGAAUUUAUCUUAGUGUUUACUUGAUCAAGAAGAAAUAAUUCCUGUUUAUCUUAAAGUGAAUAGAAUUUGUGUACAACGUGUAAUUAUUGAUUCAUUGUUCCUUAAACAUUAAUUUACAACUGUCCAGAACACCUUAUAUAAAUACAUAGAUUAUUUGAUACUGUUUUCAAUAUUUGUUCAUGUUUUAUUAUGUUCCAUGUACUCUAUAUAUAGUUUGACUCCUGAGUUAUUAGUUAACUGUAUUUUUCAAGUAUCAAGAUUUAGAGAAGUUACCAGUUAUUCUACUUUCUUGUUUCUGUUUCAAAAUAGUUGUUACUUAUUGUAUUUGUCUUCUAGUAAAGUGUUGAACAAAAAUGAUGUUCAUUUUAUUUCAUGAAUGAAAAUUAGUUUUCUGGUGGUUUUUACUUGAAAAUUGAUUUUCUUUGUGCAUUGCUGGUUGAGCAUUAAUGAAUGUAUCCUUAAAUGUUCAUAUCACUCCAGUGAUGGCUCGUGGUGAUACCGUUAGGGU